AUGGUCAUCAUGGAGACAUUAGACACUCACGAGGUGGCCGCUGCUAAGGCUGAGCAUUUCGCCGCCGUAGCCAAGGCCAAGGUUUACGGAGGCUACGGUGACCACUACAGUGGCAGAUACGCCUCAGACUACGGUGCCGACCAUGGACACUCUCAUCAUGGGGCGCCUUACUACGGACCCCUCGCCAAGCCCGUGGUGCUCAAGUCCGGAUACCUGGCAGACACUCACGAGGUCGCUGCCGCCAAGGAAUAUCAUCUGCAGGCUAUUCAUAAUGUUGUGCAUCCCCUGGCAUCCAUCGUUUAA